GCUUGCGAGCGCAACUUCCGUCUGAACGGGCUUCAUGCACAGGUCUCCUCCGGCACCGAGCAGUUCCAGCCCACGCAGAAUAUGAUCCACCUGGCGGAUUGCUGGGAGUUUCUCAGAAAUGCCGCGGAAGCCAAAGAUGCUUUCGACAUCGUUGUGUGCGAUCCUCCGUCCAUGGCCCCGCGAGUCAGUGCGAGGCCUCAGGCGCUGAAGGCCUACGGCUCCCUGAAUCAGGGCGCUUUGAAAGUCUUGCGGCCGGGCGGCCGGCUGAUUAGCUGCUCUUGCAGUUCGCACAUCACGCGGAAGGAUUUGCUGAACACCGUCCAGGAGGCCGCACAGCUCUUGGGUCGUAGUGUGGUCCUGGAGGAGGAGGGCUCGGCCGGGGCAGACCAUCCGACUCGGCGUGGCUUCCCCGAGGGCGAGUAUUUGCAGGUCCUCCACUUCAUCGUUCAGUGA